AAAGACAUUAUCGGCCUACGAUACGUAUUUGCCAACGUAGAGGACAUGAAAUUAGACGUCAAGAUUUACAACCUCUGGAAGUAAUAUAUCCUUUCCAUAGAGUUGGAAUUGAUAUUAAAGGACCUUUACCUACGACAAAACAAGGCAACAGAUAA